AAUGGCGGCCGCAGCAGAAAGGAAGAUGAAGCUGAAGCUGCUGGUGGACAGGAAAGCCAACAAGGUGAUCUUCGCUGAAUGCGGGGACGAAUUUGUGGAUUACUUAUUCAGGCUCCUUUCGUUUCCCAUCAGCCGGAUCGUCGAAAUCGUCUCGAAGGAAUCCAUGGUGGGAUCUCUGGGCAACAUUUACCAAAGCAGGGAAGAUCUGAAGCCGCCAUCUUGUUCCUACCCCUAUGGGUACGCAAAUCCAGGUUUCAUCCCCACUCUGUUCACCAACCCGCCUCUUUUGUUGCCACACUAUCCCCCUGCUGCUUUUGCUUCCUUCUUGGGCGGAGGCGGCCUUGUGAGGGAACAGAAUACUUUCACGGUGACGGAUGAUCUGAAGGUGAGUCGAUCGUCGUCGUCCGUGGUCUCUGGUAUCACUCUGCUCAACAAGCUUGGUUGCAGGGAUAUUGGCGCACUAGAAGAAGAAGAGGUUGAGUUUGGAAAUCCUGAGGCUCGGGAGUUGUUGAAGGCAUCUCUACACUCGAAGCGAGUUUUGACGAAUGUAUAUCUCGUGAAGGAGUGAACACGCAUUGACGCCAUGGCCGUUCGUGGCAAGAGCCGAUCCAAAUAAGAUGUUGAUGUUCAAGCACUCCUGUCAGGGUUAGGGUAUGCAUGAAGUGGAAGAGUAAGUCUUAGACUUUUGUCUUGUCAUUUUGAUGGAAUGAAUCAACUAGAGGAACAACAUUGGUUGUGUUAUAUUUCUGUACUGCUGUUUCUCUUCUAUGUUCUAUCAAUUACAAAAUCAAAAGCACUGCAAUAUUCUGG